UCUUGUGACGCGUCAAAUUGAGCGCACGAGCUGGUGUGCUGGACGGACAGAGUUUCUCAAGUGGAUCAAACAUUACUGUAAAAAGCUGCUCAGUCCUAAACUCAGACACUUCAGCCGUAAAAAAAGAAGGAGAGGGCAGUCCUAAACGGGAGACACGGGGAGACCUCUCCAAUGCUGCACGGGACCCACAGCAGCACAGUUAAAGGUUAAAGGAGCACAACCACUGUAGGGAAAUAUCACGAUGCAAAUGGAUCAGACGUACGGGGAGGUGAAUCAGCUCGGCGGGGUUUUUGUCAACGGUCGGCCUCUUCCUAACGCGAUCCGGAUUCGGAUCGUUGAACUGGCUCAGCUCGGAAUCAGGCCGUGCGACAUAAGCCGACAGCUCCGGGUUUCCCACGGCUGUGUGAGCAAAAUUCUGGCUAGAUACAACGAGACCGGCUCCAUUUUACCCGGUGCUAUCGGUGGGAGUAAACCCCGGGUCACGACGCCAAACGUGGUGAAGAGCAUACGGGAUUAUAAACAGGGCGAUCCUGGAAUAUUCGCUUGGGAAAUACGCGACAGACUGCUGGCCGACGGUGUGUGUGACAAAUACAACGUUCCGUCCGUGAGCUCCAUCAGUCGCAUUUUAAGAAACAAGAUUGGGAACUUGUCUCAGCCGAGCCAGUACGACAGCAAACCCUCACCCCCGCAGAUCUCCUACAAUCCCGUGUAUCCGUACUCCUACCCGAACGCCAUGUCACCGACUGGUUCCAAACUCGGGAGUCCUCCGGCUGUGUCUGUCAGCCUGUCCCGGGCCUGGCCUUCAGUUCACACCGUCAGCAACAUAUUAGGAAUACGGGCUUUCAUGGACCCCGCAGCUAUUGCCGGUACAGAGAGUUACCAGCCGAAAAUGGAGGACUGGACUGGCGUCAACAGACCUUCAUUUCCUUCCGUUCACGGAGUCAACGGGAUCGACAAACCUCCAAUAGAAAGUGACAUUAAGUACACCCAGGGUUCGUCAAAUUUAUCGGGAUAUGUUCCUGCGUGCGCGUACUCCGCCACUAAUCAGUACGGUGUUUACGGUGGACAUGCCGGUAAUUACGGGCACUGGCAGUCUCAGGGCGCCAGUCUCACCCAUCCGAACACGGGAACCAUGAUACAAAGCCCGAACCUGCACAGCGCCAUAUCCUUCAAAAACCCGCCACGAGAAGCUGUAGAAAGAAAGAGUCCUCUAAGCAAACAGCAACACGAGGGUCUGAGCGCCGUUCAUGGACUCUCAGAGUCAUAAGAACACAAAGACCACCGGAGAAAAAUAACUUUCAUCUGUUCAUCCUUCAUGUGCAGCUUCAAGGACUCACUCAGCAGUAAGUUCUGGAUGAAAAAAAACACACCUGAAUGUUUCACACCCUUGUGGAAAAGUGGGAUCUGAAGCUGUGGAGAUACCACAGAGGAUUUCUGCAAUAUUUGCAGUAGACUUUUUUUUCUUGUUCUUUGGUGCAAAUAAAUUUUAGCGUCAGGCUGUUGUUAUAAAUGGGCUGCAAUUUGUUUGAAUAUUUUCUUGUUAGCAAAACAACAUAGUUAGAGGGGAAAUGAAUUGAAACUGUCCAUGUCAUUGCAUUUUCGUGUCUGUAUGAUAUUGAAUGGCCUGUUGAGUAAUACACAUAUACAUCUAUUUUUAUAAAUUCAUUUCUGCUUAAAUAAAGGCAUGUCAAAAGUGAACAGUCGUUUGCGUAUCAUCAAUUCAAUGGCUGAUUUUUAACUCAACAGCCACAGUCUAGAUAACAUGUUUACAGAGAGAUUAUGUGGGAUUUAGCUGUCGAUGUUUGUUCACAUGACAGAAGAUUUGGUCGGACAACCAUAAAAAUAAACAGACGAUCCCAUCAAACUGUUGCAACACGUCCGCUUAUGUGACCUCAAAUGUACAAGUAUAUACAUAAAUUAUGGGCAAAAUAUACAUUAACUAAAUUAAUUUGUGAAAACAGUGGUUUAUUAAAUUAAGCAAGUAACGAAUAGCAUCUAAGAUAAACGAAGGAAACAUAUUAGCCUACUUCUAAUUAAUUUUUCUAAAUCGUUUAGUCAGAUUUCAUUGAGUAAUAUUGCGUUAUUAUUUUAAAAAGAUCAUUGAUUCGCUGAUUGCGUUU